AUGAAGGCUCUCCUCUCUCUGGGGCUCCUCCUGCUUUCUGUCAGUGUCCAGGCCAAGGUCUUUGAGCAAUGUGAGUUCGCCAGAGUUAUGAAAAAACAUGGAAUGAAUGACUUCGAGGGAAUCAGCCUGGCCAACUGGGUGUGUUUGGCUCAGCAUGAAAGUCACUUAAACACAAAGCUUACAAAGAACUUUGGAGCCCGAGUCACCGUCUAUGGGAUAUUUCAGAUCAGUGGUGAACAUUGGUGUGAUGAUGGCAAAACGCCGAAACUGCCAAAUAAGUGUGGGAUGCCCUGCAGUGCUUUGCUCCAGGAUGACAUCACUCAAGCCAUACAAUGUGCAAAGAUAAUUGUGAAAAGUCCAGAAGGCAUGAAAGUAUGGUCGGCUUGGACAAGACAUUGUCAAAAAGAAGAUCUCACCCAGUACAUUAAAGACUGUGGAGUCUAACUGCUGUGUGCCUCCAUCUCAGCUCACUCUGUCUCUUUCUCACUAUAGAAGUAGUUAUAGGAAAGGUCACAUUUCCUUGGUUUCCCCUUCA